UUUGUGAGCAGGAAUUUCCUGGAACUGUGGUUUCUAUAGCGACCCAGUUUCCGCAGUAACAGAAGGACGCUUUAGUCCUAGGAAGCACACGUGGUGCGCACUCAGAUUUGUGCAUUGCAUUCUUCUCACAACAGCAGAGCAGAAAAAAUGGCCAGAUUGUGCGUGGUAGGACUGCAGGCAAAUUAGGAUCUGUUCCUGGGUACAGGCAUGACGCAUAUCGGUGGUUUCAGAUAUAGCAGGACUCCUACGGAGAUGGCAGAUAUUAACCGGAUCUGCUCUCCGAUGGCGGCGUUUGAGGAAGACUUGAGCGAGGACCCAGCCACCCUGGAGAAGAAGAGAGCAGGCCAGCAGGAAGUGGUCAGCUCACCAGCGCCAUGUCUAGUGGGCUCAAUUGACAAAGUGAAUGAAAAGAUUGCUCAUCUCCACCUUCAGCUGCUACACUGCUCCAGCCAGCCGUCACCACCGGUAAUUCCAGAUGCAGAUGAAAAGUCAAUGAAACAGAUCUUCCUGAGGUCCAGAUGGGAAGCUAGUAAGGAGGAUAGACCAAGGGCGCUCCAGAAUAAAGUGAGGGAUGAGAAGGAACUGAACAAGUUCGCUCGAAGAUACCAAGAGCACUCUACACAUGUCCUGGGGCUGGAGAAUCAAUCACAGACCAGUCUGAGGACCCCGAAGAGGACCAAGGAAAAACCAAAGCUGGUCGAGCUACAGCAGUACCCCGGCUUUACCACUGGGGCACCAACUGCUCUACCCAAUGGCACGUCCCUCGACGACGUUGUCAAACAUGUCAUACAGGCCCAGGAAAAAAUAGGGCGAAAGCCGAAGUACCAGGCAGAGUUCAGGCGCAUGUUGAGAUCCUCAGUGACACGCACUAUACUUCUGGACACUUUCUGGUGGUUUUUCCUCCAGAACUACCAGUCUGAGCCGCACACCCAGGAGAAGCUGUUCUUCCGGAUUUCAGAGAGUUAUGUCCGACUCUUGACCCAGAGCCCCCCCUCUCCAUAUGGAGACCUCUUCCUGAAGGAGUUCCCCAGGACCCUAAGCCAAGCUGUCUAUUCCUGCUUUUGCUUCAGCUUUCCCCAAUCCUGGCACCAGUUCUACUGCCAGUCCUUCUUAUCACAGCUGUGCGACACUGCCUUCCAGUGGACUGGAGGUAUCCGUCCCUCCCCUGAGGUCCACAGCAGAUGGAAUUUCCUGGCUCUGGAACCUGAGGGAGUGAGGAAGGAGGAGAUUUUUUCUGGGAAUGACAAGUGCAACAAGGGGGCUGGAUCGCCCAUGUCUUUCCUGAGCUCUACGUUGUCCAAUUCAGUCCUGCCCUCCCUGCCCUCCGGUGGAAGACUGGCACAUCAGCAGAGCACCCAGCUGGCACAGCUGCGCAGCAAGAGCUCUCAGUACUGUGCCAGGAUCUCCAGUCAGGUAUCAAUGAACUCUGCCUCCUCAACACAAGGAACGCUGGGAACCCCCAGCUGCAUUCCCAUGACAGCAGAUACCAAUAGAAAGGCUGGUCAGGCUCUGAAGGCAUCACAGAACGAAGGCAUGCAACAUAAACCUAAGAGAGAGUCUCUCCCAGCAGGUCCUGGUCCAGAGUUCAUGAAGAGUGUGUUUAACCUGUGGGGUUACAGCCCCCUGGUGCAGUGCUACUUCCGCAACCAGAAGACGGAUAUUCGUGCCGGGAUAGACAUCUUGGUGCAGAGAACUGAGAUCCUGAACCUGCCACCAGCAGACUCAACCACGUAUUGGGAGAUCGUGAUACAGAAUCACUACCGCAGGAGAACCCAGGGAGAAGCUUUCAGAGCACAACAUUCCCAACGCCUGAGAGAACUUGCCGCGCUCCACCGCAAACACAGAGCAGAGAGGGAUCAGUUUAGCAGUGGGAGAUUGAGUGGGGGACUGAGUCCCCAGAAGAGUUGGCGUUGGCUUUUGAAGAAGCUCUCCAAUCGCAGGGCUGACAGCAGGCAUGCAGUACUGAGAGUCCUGACUGUACUUACCAGCAGCACAGACCAAUAAGCAAUUGAGGAGGACAGGAGUGUACCAUUUAAUAAAUGAGACACUGGAUAAAUCAGAUCAAUAUUAAAAGUGUCACCAAGUUAUUUACUCAUUAGUAGUCAGCUGUGGUAUAACAGGUCAAGGUUGUAGCUUAUAAAAUACUUUCAUUAAUCUUAGCUAUUGUUCCCUUCCAUUCACUGUAAAGAUCUCAGGUGUGCAGUAUGAUACUCACCCUGACAGAUCCUUUAGGGUCAAACAUCUUUACAGGCUGCAAAGCAUGCCAUAGGGAGCAGCAGCUGGUCAGUUUCACUCUCCAGGUGAAGAGAUCACGUGCAAGAAGCGAGGAUUGCAAACAGAUUUAUUUAACCGAUGUCGUACCAGAUACCAUGUUUUCAAAUGAAAAUAUGUGUUUGCUACAAAGCUAGAUUAUUUUUAGAACUAUGUAUUGGAGACUUUAUUAGUAAAUGGAUGUGCAUGGCAUGUAGCCCCAUUUGUGGAAUUACUUUUGGAAGCUACAGUCCCUUUGUAUUUGUUGCAGCAACACCCAAGGAGUCCCUCAAAGUUGUUUAUUUUAUAUAUUCUCCACUCCAUAUUUACCCUAG